GGGUCGCCGCUGGGCGCGCUCGCGUCAGAACGCGGAGCUGGCCGGUCGGCUAGAGUCGUGGGGUAGUGUCGGAGCGGUGAGGGGUGCCGCGCAUGGUGUGAGGUUUUGUGCGGUGAAGUGUCAGCACAGGUGUGUUUCAGUGACAGAGUGCGCAAACCGUGCCAGCUAUGCGAUUACCGAUGAGUUUGCGACGCUCGUGAAGAGCUCCUGAAGUGGUUUUCCUCGCAGGAUGCGUGGCGGUCGGUCGGCAGUCGCUCCCCGUCUCUGUGACCGCUCGGAGCCGCCGCGAUGCCUCACAGCAGCCUUCCGUCGGACGCGACCCACCCGGGCCACGCGUCCGAUCACUUUGAUCACCUGUGCGCGGCACAGACGCUCCGCAGCAUCCUCACACACUACCGGCGACUGUGCACGGCGCUGGACCUGAGGCCGGCGAGGUUCCCCGACUUCUACCCCAGACUGAAGGCCAGCCUUCAGUCAUGGAAAGCACAAGGCCUGCUAGCCAAGUUCGACAAGAGGGCAUCGCACAAAUGCUACAACCAAGGAUACGCCUGUGUCGACACAAAGGUGCUGGUGAUCGGGGCCGGGCCAUGCGGUCUGCGCGCUGCCAUCGAGGCCCAGCUGCUCGGUGCCAAGGUGGUCGUGCUCGAGAAGAGAGACCGCUUCAGCCGGAACAACGUGCUCCACCUGUGGCCCAUGGUCAUCCACGACCUGAAGGCACUGGGCGCCAAGAAGUUCUUCGGCAAGUUCUGCGCUGGAGCCAUCGAUCAUAUCAGUAUUCGCCAACUGCAGUGCAUUCUGCUGAAGGUGGCCCUGCUGCUCGGUGUCGAGGUGCACGAGAACGUCGGCUUCGAGGAGCUGAUCGAGCCGAGUGACGAGCAGACCGGCUGGCGCGCGCGACUCAGCCCGCCCGACCACCCCGCCGCAAACUUCCAGUUCGAUGUGCUCAUCGGGGCCGACGGCAAACGUAACACCUUCAAAUGUUUCCGGCGCAAGGAGUUCCGCGGCAAGCUGGCGAUCGCCAUCACGGCCAACUUCGUGAACCGUCACACGGAGGCGGAGGCACGCGUCGACGAGAUCUCGGGCGUGGCGUUCAUCUUCAACCAGAAGUUCUUCAAGGACCUGAGCGCCGCCACUGGGAUCGACCUGGAGAACAUCGUCUACUACAAGGACGAGACGCACUACUUCGUCAUGACGGCGAAAAAGCACAGCCUGCUGGCUAAGGGCGUCAUACUACAGGACUACAUGGACACAGGUCAGCUUCUGUCACCAUCCAACAUCGACCGGGCCCGACUGAUGGAUUUCGCCCGAGAGGCAGCCGACUUCUCCACCGACUUCCAGCUGCCCGAGCUCAAAUUCGCCGUCAACCACUACGGCCUGGAGGACUUGGCCAUGUUUGACUUCACGUGCAUGUAUGCCUCGUGCUACGCCAGCACGGCGAUCGUACGGCAUGGUCACGGACUGCUACUGCAGCUGGUGGGAGACAGCCUUCUGGAGCCCUUCUGGCCAACCGGCAGCGGAUGCGCGCGUGGGUUCCUCUCCUGUUUUGACGCCGGAUGGCAGAUCCGCUCGUGGGCCAAUCCGCGCGUCUCGACGCUCGAGUGUCUUGCCGAGCGGGAGUCCACCUAUCGACUCCUGGCGCAGACCACACCGAAAAACCUCAGCAGCGACCUGGGGGGCUACAGCCUGGACCCGCGCACCAGGUACCCGAACCUGAACCUGCAGUCGGUGUUGCCGCACCAGGUCCGGCACAUGGUCGACACAGACUCCCCAGAGUGUCUGGCUGCCGAGGCGGCCCUGGCUGCGGCCGUGUCAGCCGUGCAGACCGGUCAGCCGGAGCUCCCCCCGCACAAACGACCGUACCGACCGAUCGAACCGGCUGCGCUGCUCCGCUGGUGUCGCCGGCGACUUCAGGUGGAGGCUGCAGACCUCGGUGACGCCUUCCAGUCAGGUGAGGCUAUCUGCAGCCUGCUGCGUCUCUACCGACCGGAGCUGCUGCAGCCCUGCUCUGUACCCUCCGAACCCCUGGACCGGUGGCGGCUGGCGCUGCGGCUGCUCAGCUCCCAGCUGCCGGUGCCGCACGGGCUGACCGCUGAGCUGCUGGCGGAAGGCGAGGCCGACCCAGAAGAGCUGCUGGAGUUCCUCAGUCGCGUGUACGACGCGCUGCACGGAGCUCCGCCGGCGCCCGCGCCGCCCCGACCCGCCUGGCUCAUGGAGAUGGUGCGUGGGGAGGACGGCUCGCCCCAGCGAGCGUCUCCAAUCCGCCACACACCCGAAGGCCGCCAGACCGCCAAUGGAGACACCAUGCGACGGUACAGAAAACGCAAGAACGACGCGGCCCACCAGAAAUCGAGCCGGAUGACACCGGAAGUGAAGAAGAACGCGAAGCAGGCGGAACCCGAGCUAUCGAAGAAGGAGCAGUUCGCCUCUAAAGUGAAGGAUCUGGAGGCCAAGUUCAGCGGCACCUACCAGCCACCGGAUAAGAAACCGAAGCCGGUGUCUCGCGUCAUCGGACGAAUCGAAAAGGACUGGAACCUGCAGCAGAUCGAGAAGAAAAUCGAAGAGAACAGCCGGCCGUUCGUGAACCGAGACAAAGACUACCCGGUACCCCGGUGGAACCGGGAUGCCUUUGACGAUAAGUUCCAGACGAUUCAGAGCCUAUCUGGCGGAGACGUCAUACCUUUCCGACGGUUCGACUACGGUCAGCGCGGCUCGAACCACGUCUCAGCCAUGGCGGCGCGGUUCGGGAACAGUCACCGGCCGGCCGCCGCCGCGCCCGCCCAGGUACGAACAGCCGCGCCGGCUGGCCUGCUGGUGCGGCUGCGCAGCUCUGCGCGUGCUGCGCUCGGCCGACUGCGCGCUAUCCUAGUAGCGUGCGUGUGCUAUACGCUGGCCAUGUUCGCGCUUACACUUGUGGUCGGUGAUGCGCUCAGGGUUCUGGAGGGAUAUCGGUGCGGUGCCUGCCGCCACCAGGGUGCAGGCGCGGCGGCGCACGAGCCGUGCCAUUUCUGCGGUCAGCGCGUGUUCCUCGUAGACCGGAUGGUGGCUCAGGGGAAGUGCUUCCACCCGAGGUGUUUCCGCUGCGAGUACUGCAGUGUGACACUGAAACCAGGCAACUACGAGUACGACGCUGAUGCCGGUCGGUUCUUCUGUGUGCCUCACUUCGGCCUCCACUCGCUGGUCAAGUACAAAUACCAGCAGAGUGAGGCAACAACCACCGUGCCGCCAUGCCCCUCUCCCGUCACAGAGCAGAUGCGCUCUCACCUCUCACUGCGCGGGGUGACCCCGGAGAGGGCAGAGUUCGAGAACAGCGUGUGUGACCCCAUGUCGGAGGACGAGCUGCUCUCGGAGAUUGACGAGGACGAGUGGACGGACCGCAACUUCCUCACCACCGAGGAGGUGCUCAGUGGCGCCGACUGCAGUGACAGCGACUCGUGCUCGCCGGACUCUGACCAGUUUGAGCCCGCUCUGGACGACGAGGAGGUCCUCAGGCUGGCGGAGAGGUGGCGGCGGCUGCACGACCAGCCGGAGCCGGAGCGGCGACCGUCGGACCACGAGCCGGACUCGGACCGAUACGAGUCGGACGGCGUCGAACGAGCCGGGGACGCCUCUGACACCGGCCACCAGUCGGAGACAGAAGAGGAGGUAUCUGAGCGGCUGAGACGCAGGGCUGAGGACGGUCUGACAGAGCACGUACUGCGGUCCAACAGUCCCCGGAAACGGACCAACGGCCAGGGACCUCAGGUCUCUGGGUCGGAGCGCGUCUCCCAGUCCCGCCGCUCGGCCGGCGAUUCCUCCUCGGCCGCAUCCGACACGGAGAUCGAGCUGCGCCCUCCGUUUCCUCCAGCAGCGGCGCCCCGGAUCGUCGUUCAGGACACCGAGCGACCUCCGGAUCCGGAUCCCGAACUGCCCGAACUCCGACCGGAGCCUAUCGGAGCCGAGCGGGACUCGCACGGAUCCGGCUCCGGGUCUGGCUCCGGAAAACGCCAGUCGAGUCAGGAGCGCAAAGCUGCGGAUGUAGGCAGAGGAGGCGAGAAAGAGAAAGGAAAACAAAAGUCGCCAAGAAAGGAUAUCGGGAAGAAAAUUACGGGGUCCAUCCCUGUUUUAAAAAAGCCGGUAUCGUCGCUCAUCGGGAGAGGUGUUGGAAAACCUGCUUCGGGGAAGACGGUCACCACUGCAAGGGUCAGUGUGAGCACACUGGUGCAACAGAAGCCAAACAAAACCACCUUCGCGACUUCCGAAGAUGCCGCUGCGAAACCGACACGAGACAUCAGGCGAAACUCCGCACAGCGGUCGCGUCCUCCGGCGAGCGAUUCCGCGGCGUGGCGGAAUUCCGCCGAGCUGAAACGCCGGUCAUUGGUCAGUUCUCCGUCCUCUACACCGGCCGCUGUGAGCCCAGCAAGGUCCCGCUCAGCCGCCGACCUGGGCUCACGCAUCGGCGCCGCGACGGGUCGUGUCAAUCAGGGCCAGCAGGCAGCUAAAAAUGCGGCGAACGAGGGAACAAGGAAACCAGCAGCUACCCGGCAGCCUUCAGCUGAGGUGACGCGUCCGUCUGCGAGCAAACUACCCACUCGACCUCAGCCAGCUCCAAGAGUGUCCGUCACUAACGGAGCGCUGAGACCGGUGGCAGCUCGCCGUACCUCUCCACCGGAGAGGAAAACCUCUGCACCGGCAAAACUCAUGACAGAGAAAGUCGAGGGUGCAGUGGAGCAACCGAAUCUGAAAGCUGAUACAGGAAAGUUGGGCAAAUCGGCGCCGAUUCGGCGGGGAAGCGGUGGAAAUCGCGUUGCGGCUAUCGCGGCCAGAGAUCGAGUGCGACGCCAGGUGAAGGAGAACCUGAUGAAGCAGCGGAUGGCACGGAAGGCCAGAGAAGAGGCCAACAAGUCGAACGGUAGGCGAUCUGGAGCGCAAGGACGGCGUGAUCGGGAGGUUGGAGCUACGUCAGACGCGACUCGAUCGGAUGAUGUGGACGUCGGUUCCACAAGAAAGGAGAGCGAGAGCAGGGUUUCGUCUGAAGAGUGGGAUGAUGGAGAAAAGCGCCGCAGACGGGGCUCUACAGGGAGAGACGACGACGUGAUGUCUGGAUCCAGUGAGGGACGGGACGCCACUUAUUUGAGAACCCGCAAGAAUAGAGCUGAUAAAUUGUCCAGUCCAGACAAGCUGUCUUCCAGUGCCGAGGCAGACAGUGCAAGCGAGGCAAUAUCUGGCUGUGAAACCAGCGUAGAAGUGCGCCUGCCGGGACCAGACGACGAUGCGGCCAUGCAUUCGAGUGAAGAGGAGAGCACACAUUCUGAGCGGGAGGUCAGGAGAAAUCACGAAUCAGACGGACAUGCUAGCUCCGUUGAGAGUGGCAGCAACAUUCGCUCAAAGGGCAAGGGAGAACACUCAAGGGACUCAAGGCAUUCCCAUGAAAACAUUCCUAAGAACCUCAGUGAUUUGGAUGUGAGGGACCCCUUAGAAGAUGAUGUAGACGACAUUCAUCUGUCACUCUCUGGUGCCGAAGAGUUUGAUGAUGUGGCUUUAGAGCAGCGCUGGCGUCAAAUGCUUGGUAAUGAAGAUGAGCUGAUGGAAACUGAAAAUAUUGAUACAAAGCCUCAGAGAAGUCUGAGUAGUGCUCAAAAUGCCGAGGAAGCUACAAUUUUGAACGUUCCAGUCGACUAUCACCGCCAAAGCGAUACUGAAGGUGAGGAGAAUGUUUCGCCUAUAACUCCAUCCGAGCCUGAAGAUCAACAAGAACGUACCGGCGAAGGAGACACUUUCCUCGAGUUUGACGCUCUCCUGAAUGACGUAGAUGUAACCAAUCUGGAGCGAGGUUUCGACAAUAUAUGUGACGACGGUGACUACGAUGAAGAGCUCUCAGAAGAAGACGAAAGCUCUGGUCGGGAAAACGUCACCAUCACCGAAGUUACAGCCAAUGGUAAGGAGCAAACCGACGACGAAGCGUCUUUUACUGAAUUGGAACGUAGAGUUUCACCGAGCGGCAAUGAUCACUUCUCUUCCCAUCACAGCAACGCUGCGUCUGAUCUGUCAGACGUUGACUCCUACACUUAUCAUGACGAAGAUCUCUACGACCGGCCGUCCACUGAUCGCAACCUUUAUCCUCCCGGGUCUCCAGAACACGCCGAAGAUACCGCGUGGGUGACCGCCGACUCCACCGCUCUGGACUCCAGAGAGGCCCCGGAGUCGGGCGACGAAGAGACUGCCUGGCAGACGGCAGAGUCUACGUCGCUGGAUACUACGCCCGCAGAAGUUUCGAGGAAUGAAAGUGGUUUGCGACCGGAGGAAUGUGCUCUUCCACCUGAUGAGAAAUCAAUGUCAGAGGAGGACGAAAAAGAGCCGGCUCGGAAGGCAUUCAGUGGACACGAAGAUGCUUUGUUUUCGGACCAGGAAAAUCGAAUUCUAAAAUCGGAGCGAGACGAAGAGCAAGCGAAUGGUACAGCUUCUGAAGAAGCGGUUUUAAAGAAAUCGCCACAAUUCAAACUGGACGAGAGUUUCAUCACCUUCCGCCGCCGACGUCGGGUAUCUCCACCAGUUCGAGAAGUUUCGCCUGCAUUGCGUGACUCCUCGCCAGAUGCAAUCGAAUCUCACGAAGAAGUGCCAUCACCAGCUGCAGGUUCGACGGCUUCACCUCCUCCCAUCAUCGACCUAACACAAGACAGUCACGAACCAGCAGAGACCGAGCGGAAGAUCGUUACCGACCCUGAGAGAAUCGAAGCGAGCAUGGAGUUCAACCAACAAUGGGUGGAUGAAUGGAGAGAGGUGGAUGAAACGGUUUCAGGCUGGAUGUCUGAGGCAAGGCGGGAACAACGGAUAGAGGCGCAGGCUCCUGAAGAAAGAAGAGAAACGCAGGUUCCGGAAGAGAGGAGAGGGUCACAUGGGCUGAGAGAUGAGAGAAGGUCACAGUCACCAGAAGAACGGAGAAGCGCGCAGAUGCCGGAGAAACGGAGGAUACAGACGUCAGAGGGAUUUAGAGAGGCGGAGUCACCGAAAGAAAGGCGGGAGACGCAAGUUCAACAGGAACAAAGGUCUCCGACGCCGGAACGGAGAAGGACGGAGACGCCGGAGGAUCUGUCCAUAGAGAUGGAGCCUGAUGUGGAUGAAGUUAUUGUAACAGAGACACGGCCAGUGAUGAGCGAAGAACCACAUGUGAGACCCACCGCAGCUGAAGCGACCAUGGAUGAAGACGAAAGCGUUUCAUGGGAGGAUAUGGUUUCAACAGCUGAUGAGAUGAGCUCUGAGGGAGGCUCUAAGGUCGAUGAUCGGGGGCCUCAUGAGCAGUCUGAAACCACGGAAGUCACCGAAUCCAAGGCGAGUGAAGCUCAGCACAUUGUUGUCAGCGACGAACUGAGCAACAUCCCAGCUAAAAGGGAACGAAUGAAUGUGCUUCCAUCCAAGUUGAAUGAAAGUGACGCAUUCAGCCCUCUCAGCACUUCAGCGGAAGAUUCACCAAAGCACGAUGUUUUGCCGGAACUGAGGCUGUUUGGUGGAGACGAGACAACUGAAAUCGUUUCGAGCCGGAAGCGGUCAUCAGAGAAGAGUGCAAACUCUAAAGCACCCACACUCAGUGAGAGAAUAAAAUCCGUCGAAGAAAAUAGUGCGGUACAAACUGUUGCCAGGUCCAACGAAACUAGACCUGUUCGUGAUUCUGUGAGAGCCGGACUGGUAGCGUCUGCACGCAGUAAAGCCAAGAUUCCAGAUCAGCCGUCCACAAAGGGACCUGGAGCCACGAGCACUCCACUGGCAUCUUCUCGGCCGCCGCUCACUUCUCUCCCCACGCCGAUCACAAAUACAGAACAGACCCCAGAACCUCCUGUCUCUUCUGCUCUCUACCGGCUCAUCCACCAGACUCCCAACACUGAGCAGAGUCCAGUGUGGGAGUGGGAGACGCCGCCCAUCCCCCGACCACCGCCAGCCACCCGACCACCUCCGAUCCCGGUCAGUGAGCUCGAACCUCAGCCCUCGCCAGGACCGCCACCGGUCUCGGUCAGUCAGACGCCGGAGAGGAAGGGUGUCACGCAGCCGCUGCCUGCUCUGUCCGCUCCCGCUGCGGUCCUGGCGGCGACUGCUGUUGGCGCUCCGGCAGCUCCAGUGCCGGUGGCAACUCCCACGACGUCGCCUGUUACAGUUCCAGUGGCGACUCCUGCGGCCCCUGUACCGGCGGCUCGCUCCAGCGCUCGUAUUUCCCCGUCAACUUCUACACAACUCUCUGCGGCCUCUGUAGUGUCCACCGUGACGCCGGCUUCUUCUGUGUCUUCUCGAGUGUCUUCAGCACCACAAGCAGCACCAGCGGUGCCGACCCCCGGCGCUGUCCCGCCCGGUCUACCGGACUUCCCACUACGGUCAGCCUACGUCAGUGCUGCCGUGCAGAAGACGAGGCCGGCGCCUGUUCGGGUAUCUCCUCUGGCAAGAAUUUGGCCUCCAAUCACCAGCGCAGAUGCGGCCACUGCGUUGUCCUGUUUGACAUCGAAAGUAGCCUCAACUGUUACCACUGCUCCAUCAGCCACAUCGGCUGUGCCCGGGUCGAUUGUUUCCCCCGUCUCGCCCACCUCGCCCACUACACGAACGACCCCCGCUGUAGUUUCAUCGCGUGCAAAACCCACCAGACCCACCUUACCGCCGCUGCCCCUGUCAUCUACAACUCCCGACACGGGCAAGAAUGUUCGUGCUGCUCCCAGGAGUACAGCAGUCACGACUACACGAUUUACAUCUACAACGCCUGCCGCUUUCCCAUCACCAACGGUAUCUUCAUCUCCUCUUACCCCAGCCUCACCCACCAAGCAUUCGGCUCCUUCCGCCCCAGCCACUCCGCCCAUCCCUGUCCCACCGAGUACCCCCACAUCUCCCUUCGCACCUACCACCCCACUCGUCCGGCCGCCCCGCGCUGCACAGAUCCGAGUAUCUCCUCUGGUGGAGGAGGUCAGCGCGAGACUGCUGCGGCGCGGUGCCACCGAACCCUCGCUGGUUCUUCCUCCCCGUUCGGCGCUCUCCGGAGCCCCAAUGCGGCUCUCCAGGCUUCCAGAAGACCUGGCUCAGACGACGUCACAGGAGCCGGCGCAGGAGAGACCGCCAGAGGAAAGCCUGAUUCGUGAUCUUGUCCUGAGUCGCGUUCGACGCUCGCCAGAGAAACAGAUCAGGAAGAGGGUGACCUCCCCGGCACUGCUGGGGACGUCGGGACCGAGUGUACGCCCGCUGCCGCCGCCGGUGCCGAAGAGUGACGUCGAAGAGAAUGGAGAACCGGAGGAGGAAGGAGAAGUCAUCCCGCCGCCUCCGCUGACGGCGACAAGACGGCUGAUGCCACCCGCUCCUCCGCCUAUACCAACGUCUGAGGAAGGGAGCCAGCCGGAGGCAAGCGAUGUGACUGAGAAGAAGAAGCCAGACGUGGGAGCUGAACAGGCGCAAGCGGCAAAGCACAACAUCAUCGAUUUCAGCCCCGUGGUUCCGUUCAUCGAUGAUUCUCCAUCAGCAGUGCAGGACGAUGAAACUAAGACAACACCAAGUACAACACAUGAGCCUGUGUCUGAGACUGCAGACGAGCCUCCCCACCAGCUGGAGAGGGUGGAUCAGCCGCCGCCACUGCCGGACAAGACACGAGGCUCGGCACGACUCUCCCUUAUCCCUGCCGCAGCUCGUGCCCUGUUCUCGCCUCCCCGUAGGCCUCCACGGGCCAGCGACCAGCGCACCCCGCGCCGGAAGAAGCACAGUGCUGCGGAUAGGAAGGCCGUGCUGUCAAUGCCUCCUGAUGUUGGUGGGACGAUGGCCAUUGCCGGAGAGGAGCUUAGGCCUGUGUCUGAUCUGCAUGGUUCACUGGAAAGUGAAACAUCGGCGCUGGGUGUGUCGUCGAGACUGGAGAGUCCAUCCACCACGAAGAAAGCACAUUCAGCAGAUCUCAAGUCGAUGGCUGCGUCUCCAAAUCGUAAAACGGCGUCCUCAACACCGGCACUAACCGCGGUAUCAUCUACCGACACAACUCCGGCUGUGUCUGCGGCCGACCUCUCGAAUAAAAAACUGUCGCCAGAGCGAGAUACAUCGCCCAAUGGUAAAUCUCAUCCAUCACAGCCAUCAAUUGCUUCUCCAGGGUCGGUGGAUUCUGGUGGCAUAUCACCUCCCAAAGACGAGUCUAGCGAUCUGCUCUCGACAAGUAGAACCGGUGAACCGGCCGAGCCUUCCACCCAGGAGCAGACUCAGGAGACUGCACCCGAUGGUAAAGAUGGGAAGGCGUCUGGAUCGCGAGUGGCGCUCACCGAACCAUCCACGCCUACUACUCGAAAGAAGAAGGAAUCCUCCGAUCUGAAGAAGAAAAGGGAGAGACGGCGAAGCAUCAUACAGACCAUUUCAGACAUGUUCCGACAUUCAACUGACAAGAAAGAAAAGGACAAAGAGAAGGACGACGGGCCGGACUCCAGUCUUCCCUCUAAGAAGGAGGUGGCCGCGGCGGUGGCACCCUCUCCUCCCUCCGCGACAGACGUCUCUGCGUCUCCCAGCCCGUUAGCAGUGGCGGCAGGAGUUAAACAGACUCCGCUCCGUAACCGGCUCGGACUGCGCUUCAGGAAGAGCAAGGACAAGGACAAGAAGCUGUCUGCGUCGCCGUCGCUGUCGCCGCCAGGAACGCCGGUGUCUGCCGACGUUACAGACAGUCCGUCCAUCACCGACGCCGUACAGCGGUCACAGGCGGCUCCAGAGGCCAAGGUGACCCCGAGCGGUCGCUCGUCGCCCGAGGGGACCCUGUCGCGUCGGUCUCGGUCGGGCCGAGCCGCCCGCCACUCCGAGAUCAGACGCCAGCAGCGUGCUCAGGAGCUGCAGCGACAGCUGGGCGAGGUGGAAGUCCGACAGCAGGAGCUGCAGCUCUGUGCCGACGAGCUGGAGAAGACCAUACGAGGCGAGACCAGCGACGGCUGCGGUGAGCUAACCGAUGACGCUGCCCUGAUGCGCGACUGGUUCGCCCUGGUUCACGAGCGGAGUCUCCUGGUGCGCCGAGACCAGCUGCUCCAGCUGCAGCUUCAGGAGCUGCAACUGGAGGACCGCCACGACCGGCUGCAGCUCGAGCUGAGGGAGCGCAUGGCUUCGCCCGAGCCGCAGAAGAGCGCCGAGGACAUCGAGCGUGAGCGAGAGCUGGUGAACACGCUACUGGAGAUAUCGGACCAGAGGCGGGCGCUCCGGCAGGCCAUGGAUGCCGAACAGGACGCACUGCGGGCAGAGUGUGAGUCAGCGGAGGCGCGGCAGCAGCUACUGGCCGCUCCACCGGCGCCGGCCCUGCUGGAGGAGAGUACCGUCUAGUGGAGACGGUCGUUAGCGUUACACCGCACACUUUGGAAGGACGAAAAGACGUCGAUUUAUCACACGAAAAGCGUCAUACCAGAGAAGAAAACGGGGCGCUGGUUAGCCACUGUGAAUAGAAGCAAUGCGAUCGCUAAGAUGAUGAUUGCAAGACUGCAGUGGCUCUUGCUACCAAAGCCGAGAAAUAGUAGUGUGGUACUGAGUUGGCAAGAUCACCGAGGGAAAGCUCAUUGGUGUUGAAUACUAUGUAGAAUGUCUGCAUGCUUUGUUAGUGAUUUAUAUUGCGCGCUUUUUGUAGGCAUCAUCUACCCUUCAUCUGAAUCAAUUCGUUUGCUUAUUUUUAGCAGUCGUGUACUUGCGUUUCGAAGCCACCGAUUCAAGAACAACUCAUUUACAUUAUGACGCUCUAUCUUGUAAAUCAUGAUCUCUUGCGAUUGACAUUCAUAUGCUGGCUUUUGUCACUAGCAACGGGACUUAUGGGCAUACCGCGAAAGUGCAGCUUUUGCGCGCAUCAAAUGCAAUCGGGAAACUCGUACCAAUAGCCAUCUGCGGUUUCAGCCACACACACAUUCUGUUUAACAGCUCUAUCUCAUAACGACGCCAGCUGCUGCUGUCCGCUACUAUUUUCCGCGAGCUGUGCUUGUAUAUUAUACAAGCACAGCUUACAAUGUAUAACCUUUAGGACCUACCUGGCUGGACCAGAGCUGAGAGGACAGCCUAGCGCUGUCGAGCCGGAAUGAUCUCUGUACUACCCGCGGCAACUCGACCGGAGGUCAACCAACACUGACCUCGGGGGUCAACGUUAACUGUUGGUCACUGUUGGUCGCACGGUGAAAGCGAACGGUGGACCGAUGCUGUCGUACGUUACUUUGUUGAUAGAGGCCAAACGGUGUGUUUGUGAGACCAUUGUGCUUUCUGCAAUUGAACUGCGGGCACCCCCAAGUUGUGCGGAUGCUUUACUAACGAGUUCUGGGUCCAUGUUGGAGUUCAGUGAUCAACGCUGUGUCAAUACCAUACACUGAGCCGUUUGAAACGAUCGAUUGCAUGUCCCGCUGAUGCAUGUAUGUGAUUGUGAUAGACGAUAUUGAAUGCCGACUCACUGUGAUGGAACAUGAAAAAGAGAUUGGACUGGCAAUAGACGGCUGCAGUCUUGCCAAAUGAAUGGGUGGCAUUAGACACAGGCACUGGUUCAGAGCUUGCCAUUUGUGGGAGCAGCAGGCUGCUAUGUCCCGUUUGAGGGCCUGUGUGGAUAGACCGUGGUGUCCUUAUGUUGGAUAAAUAUCUCAUCCACUGACAACUGAGAUAAUUGUGUGAGUGAAUGUGAUUUUAUAUAAUAGUUGGUAAUUAACAGUGAUUUAAUACACGAGCUUUCUAGCA